GCCUAGACAGAAGUCACCAAUAUGGCACGUCUGAGGCUACUUUUCGUAAUUUUGGUAUCAAGUUGUCAGUUUCUAAGGGUCAUUAGAGGAAGUUUUAAAGUUUGUAUACCAAAUACCUCGUCUUUUGGCUAUCAUUUCUCCUUUAUCUUCACCCCGCGAGGUAUAGAAGACUGAAAUCGAAAGUCGAAGGUUGCUUAACUCCGGCUCAGAAUGAUUUUUGUUUGCUUUAUCUGUUUUCUGUCGGUGCUGCAAACGAUGGAAACAGCCACAACGCAAAAACAGAAUCGCUUAGAUUCGACAAUGCCUUCUUGCAACAUCAACAACUACAACAGCUUCUACGCGGGUCACAACAAGAAGCUCGAAAACAUGAUCAUCGAAAUGAAAAGAAAAUUGGACGCGAUUGAACAGGAGCUUAAGAAUUCAACUAAGAAGGUAGAACCAACAAAAUUAGGUAAGUUGCAUGGUUUGCUGGUUUCUUUGAUUUCAGACCUGAUUUAGUACUGGUUAUCAUUUGGGCCACCUGGGUACAAUUUUUUUUAAUGCUGUACUUUAUCGUCGUGUCAUUAAGGAUGAGUAUUUUUCACAAAGGUUGUAUCGACUUCGGAUUGGACAAAUUUGACGGGAAGAUCAUCACAAAGAAAUUGUCUGAUCAAAAACACAGUCAAGUUUCUUUUCUUGCUUAAUUAUUAAUAUUUGUUAUGCAUUUCACCCAGUGUUAAGACUUUGAUCCCCAUAAAACGUGCAAAACUUGUAAGAAUGCAUCAUUUGAUUGCACUUAAACUUCAUUAACUCUCGUUUGUUUCAUGCAAAAUGAUCGUUUAUUUCACCUUUGUUUGCCAGUAUAGUACCGAUAAAAUCACCAAUUAUAAAGCUUUUAUUGUAAAUGCGAACUUGGUUUCCCCUGUUGAUUACAGGGCACAAUAAAAAAAAGUAAUCAAUGUAACAUUAGAUGGGCGGUCAAAGCAAAUUACUCGAAGCUGAAACUCAUCAGCAAUACAGCAAUAGGACGACCGAACAGAUACAAAUUUUAUAGCGCCGCUUAGAAUGCAUUUCUGGAUAUCUAAAAGUACUCUGGAAAGCCUAAAAAGUGUUUUCAAUGUGUUUAGGAGGAAACCAUCUUUGGGUGCCCCUGUGUGUAUACAACCGUGUCUAAAAACAUUGUCUUAGUGUCAGAUAUUUCCGACCGUGAAUUGAUAGUACUGUAGGUUGAUGUAAGUAGUUGUUUGUUCGAAGAAAACUAAGAUGUCUGGUUUACUUAUGUCCCACGGGGAAAAAUAAUGUCACCUAUGUCAGGUCGCGUUAGUUUAAAGACGGUUUUGCUUUCUAGACUUUUUCUUUCAAUAGGGACUUUACAGACUUUAAGAUCCAACGACGCGACGGCGACAAGAACGUCGCUUAAAAAGUGAAAUUGCGUUCUUUCAGUCUUUAUAGCGAUUAUUCUUACCCACUUACUUUGUCAAUUGUAGGCGAACCCUCCUGAAGCUGAAUUUCAAGGGACCAUAUUUAAGCUCAGAAAGAGAAAUAAAAUUUGGUCGUUGCUUAUUUAUGUUCUCCAUAAAACGCGAAAUUAGGCAUUUUCACGUCGUGGUCACGUUCACGUUCUUGUUGUCGUCUGCGUCGUUGGAUCUUAAAGUCCUUAUUGUCACGAUACACAAACAUGAAUGUAUUUACAGUCAAAAAGGAACCGCUGAAGGAAAAUGCUUUCAAUAUAUAUUCUGAAAUGUGUUCAAAAUGCGAGAAAUUAGCCGAGAAAUUAGCCGAGAACGAGAGGUUUUGGCUAAAAUUUGGACAGUUUUUCGCGGAGACAUCGAAAAGCUAUUAUCAGAAAAUUUCGCCCUGGAGUCCAUACUGAAAUUGUGUAAAAUGUAACUGGACCUAAAGUAAGCAUCUCUAAACCGCAAAACUGAUGCAAAGUGUUUGUACCCGACGAACUUAAUGGACGCAAACUGGAACACUUUAACUGGGGUCUGUUUCGGAGUCUUAUAGUCGACAGCCAUACAAAUCCUUUACAGUCAAUUUGCAAAUCUGUUUUCCUUAAAACCGAAACGGGUAAAACCUGCAAGGUACGGCUAACUUACCGUAUAAAUGCAGAUUCAUUUAGUUUAACAAAAAUACUAAUGGAGUUGAAGGGAAGUAGGCGAACUCUAAUGCCUCUAGAACAGUUUUUUUCGAUUUUCGAUCUUUUCUCAAUCAUUUCUUUGUAAUGGAAAUUGCAUUGAUAUAUUUUCGACCUGGUUCCCAGAGGCCGCGAUCCUUUUGGUCAGCAACGGGGAUCGGGACCUCUGGGAUAAUCCGUUUGCCGACAACAGGAUUCUUGUUGUCGUCCCAACUGUACAGGCGUGAACCAAUAAGAGCAACAAGAAGAAAGAAACUAAAGAUUUUUAUGAGGCGAUUCUGUUUUGUUUCGGCAAGUUAGGACAAUACUAUUGAACCCUGAGACAAGGAAACUUUUUUUGAAGCAGCCACUCUCAGGAAAGGGAUAAGUGGCCGCUAAAGGUUG